AUGCCAAAGGACAAUAACCUGGAGUCACUGAAAGAUGAUGACACUUCAUCUAAUGAACCACAGAAGAAAGCACAAGAAAGUGACUCCAAAAGAAAAAACUUAUCAAUUCAACUGAUACUAAAUAAAAGACCCGAUCAAGAAGAUAAUGAACUGUUACAAGAAACAAAAAAAACAUCUUCAAUCAAAGCUGAUAGUGAGAUCUCUAGCAGCUCAUCUUCUAGCGGCCGUUCGACGGGUAUUCGUCAAGUUCCAAGUUCUACAUCUGGUGAAAAGUUUCUUCCGAGUUGGAAAGAAAGCACUGCACUUGUGCGACUUCCGCAUGAGCCAUGGCCCCAAGAGAAUAUAAAUCACCCUUCAUUCCAACAGCAUCACAACCAAUAUCAAGUCCAUUUACCCCCACCUCCAUUACUGGAACACUCCCCUGUGCAAUAUUCCAUUUCAAAUGUUGGUGGUCAAUAUUAUCAGGAUAACAUUUCUGCUCAAGAUCCUUAUCAAGGAGCACAAGGUACGAUAUCUUCGGCAGAACUGCUAUAUUCUCCUUCAUCAUCAGAUCACGAUUCUAGUAAGAGCAGGAGAGGAAGAAGAUUUCGCAGAAGAUACGAUCAGAUAGUGAGGACUUAUAAUUGUACAUUUCCUGGGUGUAACAAGAGCUACGGGUCAUUAAAUCAUUUGAAUACCCAUAUAGUUACUAAGAAACAUGGUCAAAGAAAGUCAAAGGCCGAUUUUCAGGGUAGUGAAGAGCUUCAUUCUCAAGUUGCCUAUCAUCCUGGAGCGGGCCAAAAUACUUUUGCAUAUUCUGACUAUCCUGGUGGAGGAUAUCAGUACCCUUAUUUUCCUCUAAGAAGCUCAACACACGGAGGACCUUUUUUGCCCCCACCGCAGUAUUUGCAAGGAGUCCCUCUGCAGCCGCGACUUCCACCGCAUGGGCGCCCAAGAGCCAUAGGUACGGGAAAUAUGUAUUAUACUACAAGUCCUUCUCCUUCGAUCGCUCAGGAAGUCGGAGGAUGGUCCCAUUCUGGCACUCCGCACCCUGGAUCUUCGGCAACGGCUCCUCAGAUUAAUCCACCUUCUGCAUCCACAUCAGCAUCAGUAUCAAAUACAGCAUCGGGACGAGCUUCCGCUUUAAUACAAGAAUCAGCAUCGGCACCUGCUUCAAAUUCAACUUCGAGUUCAGCGUCCGUACCAGUUUCAACACCGGCCGCUGCAAUUGCAUCGUCAUCCGAAUCAUCAUCAGGAAACCCAAGAUCUUUUGCUUCUAUCAUGCUGUCCUCUCAAGAGGAGAGCUCCCCUAAGCGACCAAGACUCGCACCUUUAAGCUUGUUUUUAUCACCAAUUGAAGAUCAAAAAAGUAAAACUUUAGAAUCGGCUCCUCUGCCGGUACAUGUCCGUGUAGAGGCUAGGUCACUUUCAAGUGGGUCGAGCUCCAGUUCGUAUGAGGGCUCCUGA